AGCAAAGAAGCACGGAUGCGUAUCGAAUCAAAUUAGGGACCGAGGAAUGCACGGGCUUAAUACCCCUAGCUUCAGUUGCCUCGCAUGCGUCGCGGAGACAUGAUGACGACGUCGCAGGGUUUGUUCGUGACAGUUUGCUGGAUUUUGAUGACAAACGGAGGUGCUGUGUGCCCAGAUGGCUAUUGUCGCCACUCGGACGGGUGUUACCGGACCGUGGCCCUCAAUGUCACGUGGAUAGACGCGAGAUCGUACUGUGAGGUGUUGGGUGGACAUCUCCUUUCCCCUGUAUCCCAGUCCAUGGCAGCUGCGGCAGAGGGCGCUCUGCGUAGAAUGAAAGGUACCAUCUUCCCAGGCAAGUUCUGGAUUGACAUCACUGAUCUGUUGAACCCGAAGGACUGGAAGAGGAUGAGCGACAAGAAGGCGCUCAACUUCACGAAUUGGGAUACCACUUCCGGUACUGGGACCUCGGAGGUUGGCGCCCGGAACUGUGUGUACAUGUCCGAAUCUCUGGACUACAAAUGGGUACCCGCUUCGUGUAUUGAAACGAUAAAUUUUCUCUGCUACCAUGCCGGGUAAGAAACACUGCCACCAACCACAGAACGAUACGUGGCUGGUACGACUCGGCUCUACCACAAGCGCCGCGGAUGGUCCAAUGAAGACAUCUACGACUAUAGGGACAUCAGUCCAGCAGAUGUAGACUGCUGAAGAAUUAUACUGCCAAUGUUUCUCCAUGAACUCUUAUUAAUUACUGCAUUGUUUUGUUUGUGAGAGUUAUAUGCAACCAUUACUCAGUUUUUUUUUAUUGUUGUAUGCGUGUAUGUUUGUUUUACUUUUUCGAAGUUUAUGUUUGGCUAUUUAGUAUGAACCGCACUGUGAAGAUGUUUAAUGGUGUUCACUUAAUUUAAAACAUUGUUUCAUGUACAAUAAUAGACAAUUGAUGAGGUGUGUCAGUACUAAUUGUAAUACCUGUGUCAAUUACUGCCCACUGUAUUCUUGAGUCAUUAAAGGAAUUGCGGGAGGAUACGAAAAAGACCGUAGAAAUAUUAUUCUAACAAAUUAGAAAUCAUAUUGUUGCAUGUAUUUCUUGUUUCCAGUGUAUUCAAUUAUCUAUUGUGAAAGAAGUUUGAAAGCAUUGUCGAGAUGUGUUUGUUUUGUUAUACAGUUAUUGAUGUCCAUAAACAUAUUUAAAGUUUUAUUACAAAUACAUAACAUGUUGUCAGUGUAUUGAAAUAUAUGUUUUUGAUCGUAAAUUCAUUAAUACAUAUUUUAAACAGAG